CAUAGAAUCCCAUACCUAUCCCAUAUAUAUAUAUAUAUCAUUAUCAUAUUCUUUAUCAUAUACCUAUGAUGAUGACUAUGACCGUCUAAAAAGCGAUGAAUCUUCUUCACCCAAAUACAAGGCGAUGGAAACCCUAGCAGUGGCCUUUGAGGCACGGGUGGCAUCCGAUGCGAGUACUUUGGCGCGGCGCUGCGACGCCAAGGAUGUUUUCAAUCUCCGAGCUCCAUGUCAAUCUAUGUGGUUUCAAACAUGUGUACAAGCUGAAAGGUGGGAUCCAGCACUAUGGCAACACCAUCGGUUCGGAGGGUUGGAAGGGCCGGCUCUUUGUCUUUGACCGGCGCAACUCGGUGCCCGUGGGCGAAGGAGCUGCAAAAUUGCAGCACUGCUCCAUGUGCGGCCAAUCCAACCCUGCUGAGGAGUUCUGGAACUGUGCCAAUGUGGACUGCAACCGCUGCAUGGUGACAUGCCGGUCGUGCCUGGUGGGCGCCAAUGGAUGCUGCUGCAAAGAGUGCAGGGAAGCGACCAGGCAGCUCUCGAAGGCGAUUUGGAAGAUCGGCGGCACUUCAGCAUUUAACGCAAUGCAGGGCAACGCGCCAAAAAUUACAAAUAUUAUUGAAGAAAAA